AUGCCAACCAAGUUCGUCCCCCAUCUUCACACGCUUGUCACAAAAGGCUCUCACGGAGGUCUUGCGUGGAAAACUCAACCUAAAGAUGUUCUUGACGAGAAGAUGUACAUUUACGAGAAGAAGUGUCGAUUCCUCCUACAUCACCCUCAUUCUUUUCACAUCGCCAAGGUGCUCUAUAAGGGCUUAAGGUCGAAAAGUCCAUUGCUGAUCGACCUAGCACUCUCACAUAUCUAUGAGUUUGCAGCCGAGAAGGUUGAGCUGUGCUCUUCCCUCGAACCGGUGGAUUUUUUCGCGUAUGUUAAAGACUCCUACGACUGGUCAUCUCGCUUUACCGACAAAGCAUUUUGGGCAUUCACAUACAAGGCUUUACACGCUCGACAAAUAUUCCUCAACACAGUCAUCGAUCCAGACCAAGAGGACCCAACGGUACGGCCCUUGGCACGGGCCCUCGAUCUAUUUCGAGAUGCCUUCUUGAAAAUGUACCCAAUUGACCCAACUAUGAUACACGAAGAGGGUGACAAGAUUUGCCAAGAGAAUAUCGAGCUCGUAGAGGAUAUGGUUUACCUCAACAAGGAAAUUUAUGGAAAGUAUUUUCCUUAUCACCUCACCCACCACGAUGGACAAGGCGAUGGCACAGACAAGAUCACUCUUUUCAAAGAGAGCAAGAAGAAGGACUCUAAUGAAACCGCCAAACCGAGCAUGCCGGAAUAUCAAGAAGUAGACAUGUCGAAAAUUCCGGACGAGGAGUUAUUCUUUUACGAUACAGAAUGCAAGGCCAAACAUCACGAUGCUUUCCAGCAUGUUUUGAGCACGAAGGGUAAAAUAGGUCUCAAGAGUAGAGGGCUACCCAAGGGGACGGAAUCCGUGAAGGGAGCGGGAUCAGUGAGGAAAUACGACACCUUCAAGGACUACCGAGAUACGGGUAAUGCCGAUGAUGCCGAUGAUGCCGAUGAUGCCGAUGAGCCAAACCCUUCAAAUGAAGGCACAAAUAUCGUGGACAGCGAUGACGACGGCGACGGCGACGGAAUGCCAAAUAUCAAGAAGCUCAAGAUCGAAGACGAUGAAGCCGCGGCGGAUAAGGAUGAAGAUGAGGGAGUCCCAGAUAUCAAGAACCUUUAUCUCGUGGAUAAUGAAGAAGCAUCUGCCCCUUAA